AUGUCCGAAGUCGAUAGUUUCGAGGUUGUCCAGCACAACGAUGCCCCUGCGCCGGCACCCGCGCCUGCACCCGCGCCUGCGUCGGUAGCCACCUCAGAGUCCGCGGCCCCCUCGACCCCUACCUCGCCGAAGAGUACCGUGGACAAGAAAGCCACGGCCGGUACCACGGCCACGAAGCGCACUACCGGCACUGCAUCCUCCACGACUCGUCGGCCCGUCGGCGCUAGUACCACCGGUACCAAGUCGACUGCGAGCUCAACCACAAGCACACGGACUGCCGCCUCGGCCACCGGGGCCAAGCCCCCCGUCCGGCCCGGUACCGCGACCACGGCAGCGAAGAGGCCUUCUACCGCUGCCUCGUCCGUUUCGCAUCGGUCGCGUCCUUCGGUUUCCGAAGAUGAGAAGAAGCGGGCGCCCCUGUCAGGGGUAUCCGCUGCGUCGCGCCGUACUUCCUCGGCUGUGACUGGCACUCCUGCGUCGCCCGCCAAGCCGAGACCCAGCGCCGGCGCCACGACCGCUACCGCGAGGAAGCCUCCGACGGCUGCCGGUGCUGCUCCCUCGCGGACGACUACGGCCACUUCGCGACCUUCGACAAUUGGGUCCUCAGCUCCCGCUGCUACGACCCGUACCCUUUCGAAGCCCCCCACCACUGGUGCCGUGGCCGAUGCAAAGAAGCGGCUGUCGGUGUCGGCCGCCCCCGCGGCCGGAGCCACUCGCCAUGGGCCACGGGCAUCUUUGGCCUCGAACGCGUCCAGCGUGACCGCUGGGUCCUCGAAGGAAAUCGAGGAGCUCAAAGCCAAGCUUGCCGCAAGCGAGUCCGAGAUCACCGAGCUGAAGGCUCAAAUCGCGUCGUCCCAGGAGAAGAUCACGGAACUUGCCAGCAAGUCCGGCACCGAUGACGCCGUUCCAGACGCGGCCCUUAACCAGGAGUCUCUGGAGGCUUUGAAGACCGAACAUGCCGCCGAGAUCGAGGCCCUCAACGCCAAGGUGUCCGAGGCCCAGGAACAACUUGCGGCGGCCGAAGCCGAACUUGCGACUCAGAAGAGCGAGCUCGCCGAGGCCACUAGCGCAAAGGAGGCUGCCGAAGCCGAUCUGGCCAGUUUGAAGACGUCACUGGAAGAUCUGAAGGCCCAGCAUGCCGACGAGUUGCAAGGUGGAAACGAAGUGAUUGUCGCCAACCAUGCAAAGGCCAUCGAAGAGCUCAACGCGACCCACGACAGCGCCAUCGCCGACCUCCAAAAGAAGAUUGACGACCUCACGUCGAGCCAUGCGACACUGGAAACUGCUCACGAGGAGAAGCUGGCCGCUGCAGCCACAGCUAGUUCCUCUAAGCUGGGUGAAUUGGAGGCCGAAAUCGCCGAGCUCAAGACCAAGCUCGAGGCGGCAGAGAAGGCUGCUGAAACUGCCAAGUCUGAGCUUGAGGCGAAGACCGCCGCUUUGGCUGCCCUCGAAGCCAAGGUUGCUGAGGCGGAAGCCGAGCUGUCCACUGUCAAGGAUGAGACUGCCAAGGCCACCGGUUCGCAUGCCGAGCUCCAGAAAAUCAUUGAUUCACUCAAGGAGGAGAGCAGUUCCAAGGAUGAGACCAUUUCCAAGAUCAAGGAGGAGACGGCCUCUGCUGCCGAACACCACCAAAAGCAGCUCCAGCAGGUCAGCCAGGAUUACGAGAACGAGAUUGAGAGUCUUCGGGGCGAUGCUUUCUUCAAGCGUCGCUUUGAGGAGUUGGAGGUCAAGCACGAUGAGCUCGUCAAGACACACGACGACGCCGUUGGAAGCCAUACCGAAGCUCUAGCGGCCGCCAAGGCCGAACACGAGGCGGCGGUCAAGGCGUUGGAGGCAAAGGAACUUGAGCACCAGCAAGCUCUAGAUGCCUUGCAAGCGAGUCAUGCUGAGGAGUUGGAGGGCGCCAAGAGCCUGGCUCGGCAGGCACAGGAGGGCGGUGAGAAGGAGCUUGAGGCUCUUAAGGCCAGCCACGCUACCCAGCUUGACAUCCUCAGAGGCGAGAGCGAGGCCGGUUUGGCUAAGGAACUCGAGGGCCUGAAAGCGACCCACGCUGAGAUUAUUGAGGGGUUGAAGAAGGACUCGGAUGCCGAGAAGGAGCAGAUCAUCGCCAAACACGCCGACGAAUUGGCUGCCGCGAAGGCGGCCGGCGACGACAGCCAGGCAGCGGUUCUAGAGCAAAUCAAGAAGGAGUUGGAGGCGAAGCACGCCGAGGAUUUGGCCAAGGUAACAGCCCAACUCGAGGCCGCCAGCAGCCUGAAGGAAGAACUAGAGAACCAGCACGCCGAGGCUCUUGCGAAGCUCAACGAGGAACUUGGAUCUGCAAGCAGCGCCCACGCUGAGUUGGAGGCCAAGCAUUCCGAGGAGGUCGAGAAGCUGAUGGCUCAACUCGAGGCUUCCAGCAACCUCAAGGGCGACCUUGAAUCCCAGCACGCCGCAGAAGUUGCGAAGCUAGUGGCCCAGCUUGAGGAGGCCGGCGCCUUCAAGGGGGAAUUUGAGGCCAAACACGCCGAGGAAAUCGAGAAGUUGAUGUCGGAGCUCGAGACGGCCAAGGGUUUCCAGCAGGAAGUCGAGGCUGCGCAAGCCAAGCUGGCGGACGCAGAGGUCAGCCACGCGUCGGCGAUUGCAUCGCUGAAAGAGACACUGGAGAACGACCACGCCGCUGAGGUGGAGAAACUGAUUGCAGGCCACAACGAGGCUAAGGAGGCCUUGAGGAGCGAAGGCACCGCUCAGUCCCAGGCUCAGAUCGACGAGUUGAAGGCUACCCACAGCAGCGUCCUGGAGGAGCUUACCGGCAAAUCCAAGGCUACUUUGGAAGAGCUAGCCAAGGUCCAAGCCGCCAAGGAUGAGGCCGACCAGGCGCUCGCGGCCCUUACGGCUGAACACGCCAAGGUUCAGGAGGAAGUCGACACGCUGCGCCAGCAGCUCGCGUUGGAGAAGAUGGAGAAGUUCACAGCACAGGCCGAGCUCGACGCGGCGAAGAACGCCAAGCCGGACACCACGGAACUAGACGCCUUGAAGGAGCAACUUGCCGCCCUCACCGCAAGCCACGAGAAGGAGCUCGCCGGCGUCAAGGACAACCACGAAAAGGCGCUUACCGAAGCCGGCGAGGCGUCGAGCAAGGCUAGCUCAGACCUUGCCAGCAUUCGUGAGGAGCUAGCUGUGGCGCAAAAGGAGCUGGAAGCGCACAAGCUCGAGGCUGAGGCCAAGGCGAAGACGUCUGAGGCCGACUACAAGGACAUGCACGACAGCAUGACCCAGUUGGUUGAGGAGGCACAGACGCUGGCGGCUGAGAACCUGAAGAAGCUCGCGGAUGCGGAGCAGCAGGUUGGGGAUGCCGACAAGAGGAUUGCUGAACUCACGGCGCAGCUCAAGGUUCGGGACGCGGAGCUGGCCGAGGCGAGGACUAAAUCCGACACCCCCAAGGGUCUAGCAGCAAGCCGCUUUGCCAACGCCAGCGGAAACGACGACGACAACGGAGACGGGGCUGACCAGUCUACAGAAGUUGAGGGUGAGCCGGACCACUCUUCAUCGGCAUUAGCUUCGGUGCGGACUACCCUAGCGUAUCACGCAACAUUCUUAUAA